GACGAGAGCAGCGGCAUUUCGAGUGCAGACGGCGGUGGUGUCGGUGUCGUUUUGGUUUUGUCGGUUGCUAAACACAAUUUAAGUUCACUCGGUUAGCAGACAUUACACAUACACAUAUAUCUGUAUGCAAGAAACCAGAAAAAAAAAUACAACGUUCGCUGAGUCGCGUUCAAUUUUUUUUUGUGCGUGGCGUGUGUUUGCCUGUGUGUGCUUCGGUUUUGCCAAUUUUAGCCAACUUUAGCUCUCAGUGUCAAACUUAAACUUAAAGAGCGAGCAACGUGACGUGUCACUAAAAAAAUUCGCGCACAUAACUUCCUACUACAACAAAAAAAAAAAAGAACCAAAGAAAUAAACAACAAAAAUGUCUAAAUACUGAGACUUGUUUUUUUUUUUGUGCAACUGUGUGUUUGAGAGUGUGCGAAAAUACAAAGAGAAUCAAAGAGAUAGAGAGGAAGAGCACAACAAAGAGAGAGAGAGCGAGAGCAGCUGAUUUUAGCCGGCAAGAGUCAGCUGUUUCGCGACAGAGCGAGAUAGCACAAGUUUUUUGAACAGGGCGAACAUGUUAUGUCUUGCACGCCGUCUCCUCUUUGUGCUGCAUUCGCUUUAGCAAUGCAACAACAACAGCAACAACAACAGCAACAACAACAACUGGAAAUACAAGAAAUACAACAGCAAAGGCAACAUUUGCAAAUUCAAGAAAUACAGCAACAAAGAAGAAGGAACGAACAACUAAGGCAAAUCCAAGAAUUACCGCAAUUAAUACCACAUCAAAUACAAGAAAUUCAUAAAAUACCGCAUCUAACAAAUCAAACACAGAAAAUAAUACAAUCACAGCAUAGUAGUCAUGACAUACAAAAAGUUCAGCAAAUACCAGAAGUACAUAAGUUACAAAUAGUACCAGAAAAUCGGGCAUAUCAAAUACAACGAAUACCGCAGCAACAACCGCUUGUAUUUAAUCAUCAUCAAAUCAAUGAACUACCGCAUAUGCCAACUUUACAAAUAACUUUGCAAAGUCAGCAAAAAAUACCAGAAUUACAGCCAAUACAACAACAGUUACAGUUUCAACAAAUACAACGUUUACCGAUAAUACCAGAAAUUCAGCAAAUACAGCAAUUUCAGACUGCGCAUCAAAAGCAAACAAAAAUAAGAGGUGCUACAACAAUAUCAUAUAACAACAACAGCAGCAACAGUAGCAGCAAUAGCAACAACAACUAUUAUAAUAUUCACAUCAACAAUAACAAUAACAGCAACAGUAACAGCGGCAACAACAUAAUGUUAGCCUCUGCUGCCGCAAGAAAACGCAGUCGCAGCGCGAGUAACGGCAGCAAAAGCAACAACAAAACGGCCAGCGGCCGCAAAUUAACGAAAAGCAUGUCCGCUGGCGCUCAGUUGCAGAUGGCCCCGCAGACCACUUCGGCCCUAAGUCAUCACCAUCCCAAUCAGCAGCAGCAGUUGCAACCGCCGCAGCAGCAGCCGCAACAGCCCCCGCCUCCGCAACAGCAGCAGCAUUUUGCUAACCAUCACAGCAACCAACAGUCGCAGCAACAGGAGCAACAGAAUCCGCAGCAGGCACAACAGCAGCAGAUAAUCCCGCAGCAACAUCUGCAGCACCUGCACAAGCAUCCGCAUCAGCUGCAACAGCAACUGCACCAGCAACAGCAACUCCACCAGCAGCAACACUUCCACCAGCAGCAGCAACAAUCGCUGCAGGGGCUGCAUCAGGGUAGCAGCAAUCCGGAUUCGAAUAUGAGCACUGGCUCCUCGCACAGCGAGAAGGAUGUCAAUGAUAUGCUGAGUGGCGGUGGAGCAACGCCAGGAGGAGCAGCUGCAGCAGCAGCCGCAGCAGCAGCCAUCCAACAGCAACAGCAGCAACAUCCCGCCUUUCCGCCCACUUUGGGAAUGCAACAGCCACCGCCGCCCCCUCCACAGCACUCCAAUAAUGGUGGAGAGAUGGCCUAUUUGACGGCCGGAACGACCACGACGGCAUCAGUGACGGCGGGCGUGGGUAAACCUCGAACGCCAGCGGAACGGAAACGAAAGCGAAAAAUGCCGCACACCAGUGCGGAUGAGGCGGGGAGUGGCGGUGGUUCCGGCGGAGCAGGAACAACCGUGGUGAACAACAGCAACCUGAAGGGCAAAUCACUGGCCUUUCGUGAUAUGCCCAAGGUUAAUAUGAGCCUAAAUAUAGGUGAUCGCCUUGGUGGAUCGGCGGGCAGUGGCGGAGGAGCCGGUGGCGCCGGCAGUGGAGGCUCUGGUGCCGGUUCUGGUUCCGGAAGUGGCGGUGGCAAGAGCGCCCGCCUAAUGCUGCCCGUCAACGACAACAAGAAGAUCAACGACUACUUCAAUAAGCAGCAAACGGGUGUGGGCGUUGGCGUUGGUGUGCCAGGAGGUGCGGGCGGAAACACUGCAGGACUCCGAGGAUCGCAUACGGGAGGCGGCAGUAAGUCACCCUCAUCCGCCCAGCAACAGCAGCAGCAGACGGCGCAACAGGCGAGCGGUGUUGCGACGGGCGGCAAUGCAGGAGGAGCCGCUGGCAACCAGGUGCAAGUGCAGACGAGCAGCGCCUAUGCUUUGUAUCCACCAGCUAGUCCCCAAACACAGACGCCGCAGCAACAGCAGCAGCAGCCACCGGGAGCCGCUGACUUCCACUAUGUCAACUCCAGCAAGGCGCAACAGCAGCAGCAGCAGCAGCGCCAACAGCAACAGACUUCCAAUCAAAUGGUUCCUCCACACGUGGUCGUCGGUCUGGGUGGUCAUCCCCUCAGUCUCGCGUCCAUCCAGCAGCAGCAACAGACGCCCCUGUCCCAGCAGCAACAGCAGCAGCAGCAACAACAGCAGCAGCAACAGCAGCAAUUGGGACCACCGACCACAUCGACGGCAUCCGUGGUGCCCACGCAUCCGCAUCAACUCGGCUCCCUGGGAGUUGUGGGCAUGGUCGGUGUGGGCGUAGGCGUAGGCGUCGGCGUGGGUGUAAAUGUGGGCGUGGGACCACCACUGCCACCGCCACCACCAAUGGCCAUGCAGGCUGCAAUCAUAACGUACAGUAAGGCCACCCAAACGGAGGUGUCACUGCAUGAGCUGCAGGAACGAGAGGCGGAACACGAAUCGGGCAAGGUGAAGCUGGACGAGAUGACCCGACUGUCCGAUGAGCAAAAGUGCCAGAUUGUUGGCAAUCAGAAGACGAUUGAUCAGCACAAGUCGCACAUUGUCAAGUGCAUUGAUGUGGUCAAGAAGCUGUUGAAGGAGAAGAGCAGCAUCGAGAAGAAGGAGGCGCGACAGAAGUGCAUGCAGAAUCGGCUCAGACUCGGCCAGUUUGUCACCCAGCGAGUGGGCGCCACAUUCCAGGAGAACUGGACGGACGGCUAUGCGUUCCAGGAGCUAAGUCGGCGGCAGGAGGAGAUAACCGCCGAGCGCGAGGAGAUUGACCGGCAGAAGAAGCAGCUGAUGAAGAAGCGUCCGGCGGAGUCCGGACGCAAGCGCAACAACAACAGCAACCAGAACAACCAACAGCAGCAGCAGCAACAGCAACAUCAGCAGCAGCAGCAGCAGAAUUCCAACUCGAACGAUUCCUCGCAACUGACGGGCGGCGUUGUCACCGGACCUGGAAGUGAUCGCCUUGGCGGCACAGCCGGCGGCGUCAGCGUCGACAGCGGAUUGGGCGGCAAUAAUGCGGGCGCAAUCGGUGGCGGAGCCGUUGGCGGUGGCGUUGGAAGCGGCGGCGUUGGCGGCGGUGGCGUUGGUGGCGUCGGAGGCGGCGGAGGACGUGGUCUAACGCGCAGCAACUCGACGCAGGCCAAUCAGGCUCAAUUGCUGCACAACGGCGGCGGCGGAUCGGGCGGCAAUGUUGGCAAUUCGGGCGGCGUUGGCGAUCGACUGUCGGAUCGAGGAGGAGGCGGUGGCAUCGGCGGCAACGAUAGCGGCAGCUGUUCCGACUCGGGCACGUUCCUCAAGCCGGAUCCCGUAUCGGGGGCAUACACUGCGCAGGAGUACUACGAGUACGAUGAGAUCCUCAAGCUGCGCCAAAAUGCCCUCAAGAAGGAGGACGCCGACCUGCAGCUGGAGAUGGAGAAGCUGGAGCGGGAGCGCAAUCUGCACAUCCGAGAGCUCAAGCGGAUUCUCAACGAGGACCAGUCCCGCUUCAAUAACCAUCCCGUGCUGAACGAUCGCUAUCUUCUGCUGAUGCUGCUGGGCAAGGGCGGCUUCUCAGAGGUUCACAAGGCCUUCGACCUCAAGGAGCAACGCUAUGUCGCAUGUAAGGUGCACCAAUUAAACAAGGAUUGGAAGGAGGAUAAGAAAGCUAAUUAUAUCAAACACGCCUUGCGAGAAUACAAUAUCCACAAGGCGCUGGAUCAUCCGCGGGUCGUCAAGCUCUACGAUGUCUUUGAGAUCGAUGCGAAUUCCUUUUGCACGGUUCUUGAAUACUGCGAUGGACACGAUCUAGACUUCUAUCUGAAGCAACAUAAGACUAUACCCGAGCGUGAAGCGCGCUCGAUAAUAAUGCAGGUUGUAUCUGCACUCAAGUAUCUAAAUGAGAUUAAGCCUCCAGUUAUCCACUACGAUCUGAAGCCCGGCAACAUUCUGCUCACCGAGGGCAAUGUCUGCGGCGAGAUCAAGAUCACUGACUUCGGUCUGUCGAAGGUGAUGGACGACGAGAACUACAAUCCCGAUCAUGGCAUGGAUCUGACCUCCCAGGGAGCCGGCACUUACUGGUAUCUGCCACCUGAGUGCUUUGUGGUGGGCAAGAAUCCGCCAAAGAUCUCCUCCAAAGUGGACGUGUGGAGUGUGGGCGUGAUCUUCUACCAGUGCCUGUAUGGCAAGAAGCCCUUCGGUCAUAAUCAGUCGCAGGCUACGAUCCUCGAGGAGAAUACGAUUCUGAAGGCCACCGAAGUGCAGUUCUCCAAUAAGCCAACCGUUUCUAAUGAGGCCAAGAGCUUUAUUCGAGGCUGUUUGGCCUAUCGCAAGGAGGACCGCAUGGAUGUGUUUGCGCUGGCUAGGCACGAGUACAUCCAGCCGCCGAUACCGAAACACGGGCGCGGUUCGCUCAACCAGCAGCAGCAGGCGCAGCAACAACAGCAGCAGCAACAGCAACAGCAGCAGCAACAGUCGUCGACCUCGCAGGCCAAUUCCACCGGCCAGACAUCUUUCUCUGCCCACAUGUUUGGCAAUAUGAAUCAGUCGAGUUCGUCCUAGCUGCCAACCAAGCGCAAUUCCAAUUCAUAAUUCGCCGCCGCCGCAGUAGCAGCAGCAACUCUAGCUGCCAGCCAACAGCAACUCCAGCAGCAGCAGCAGCAGCAA